AUGGCGGGCACGAUUCAAUUGAUCCGCACUGUAUCUCUUCCAAAGACCUUCUUGCUUGCAUGUUUCGUGGCGGUUGCCGCGUUUGGCUCGAUUGAGCUCCUGCUUCUGAUAUUUGACUUCUUCAAACGUCGCCGGGGGUUGUACUUUUGGAGCCUGCUCUUAUCGACCCUGGCCACCCUUGUCUUCACCGUUGUCAUCACACUUCUGUGGUUUGCAGUACCCCAGGCACGCUUUGGUCUGGCCUUCGUCAUUGUGAUAUGCUAUCCCACCCUUAAUGUGGGCAACACCCUGGUCAUCUACUCGCGGCUUCACCUCGUCACCAGUGGCCGCAAGAUCCGAUGGCUAUUUUGGAUGAUCAUCAUCAGUUCGGUGGUGUUUCUACUCCCACAGGCCAUCAUCGUCGUUAUUUCCGCCUCUCCCGAUGGCGGACAUGUCAGAAACCUUUACAGAACCUUUGAGAAGCUCUCCGUGACAGCCACCUGCGUACGCGAGAUGAUCGUGGGCGGCGUCUUCGUCUGGGCGACGGCGCGCAACCUCAAGCCCCUGAUCAUGAUCAAGGGCCGUGAAGGGCGCAAGAUGGUCUUCUAUCUGAUCGUCGCGACCACUAUGAUGGUUGUCACCGACAUCAUCAUCGUGGUCGUCGUCCUCUGCGGCCAGCUCUACAUUAUUUCUGCGCUGACAGCUUUUUUCUCGGUCCUCAAACUGAAGCUGGAGUUCUUCAGUCUGGGGAAAUUGAUCCGCCUGAUUCAAAGCGCUCCGGGCGUCUGUCAUCACCAGGCAACUGAGGGCAGCUCCCUCCGCUUUAACAACUCCCACGAGGUCGAUGGCCUGCAAUUCAACGAGGGGUCUGCGCGCAGCACCGGCGCGCAGUCCGGCCAACAGCCAAGCUCGCAGGAGACGACCCAGACCCACCAAGAAGUGACAGUCAACCCGAAUAAGGCCCCGGAGACGCCCUCGUCACCCGGGACGGGCGACUCGAUGGCGACCACAUCCCGCACGCUGUCGACUGACCCUCUCGUCCACGGCCGACAAGACCUCGAAGCCCUCGAGCCCACGCUCAGCGCUCAGCAGCAUUUCACACCGCGAACAUGGAGCAACGCAGUAUGA